UCAAAAAACAGUCCGAAUUUUGAAUUUGUUCGAGGUGGGGACCUUGCUGCCGCCAUAUUGUGUUGGGCUGUGAGUGCUUGAAGUGAAUAAAUUAUCCUAAAUUGUAGUGUUAAUAAUUUGCGUUAAAAUACAUUUUGGAUUGAAGGAAUCGAAGGUAAACGAGCAUGGGUGCUAAGCAGAGCAAACGCUCGGUGGACAUCAGCGGCAAGGAGGCGGAGGGCGCGGGCGAGGUGGCCGCGGCGGGCGCCGGCGGCGAGGGGCGCCUCGAGUCCAUCGCCGAUGCCGACACGCUCAAGCCACAGCUCAACGGCGACGCACAGCACAUAGAGCCUCCGGAGGAGAUCACGGACAAAGAGAAACAGCUAGACAGCGGAACACCUGAAAACGAAAAAGACGCCACAACGGAAAAAGAGAUAAAAAACCAGGAAAAUGAAAAGGAAGCUACCCCAGUGACCAACGGCGACAGCGAACCGAAACCAGAGAGCGAGAAGGAGAAUGGAGAGGCCACGCCCGAGCAGGAAGGAAAGAAGCCCAAGAAAGAAAAGGUCAAGAAGAAAUGGUCGCUGAGGUCAAUCAGUUUCAGCAGGAAAGACAAGCCGAAGCAGGAGAAGAAACAGAAAGAUGAUGAACCCAAGACAAACGGAGAUGCCGAGAAACUCCCAGAGGAGGCGGCUGAAUCUGUUGCGGUUGAGUCUGUUGAGAAGACAGAAACAGAAAUCAAGAGCGAACCCGAAGCCAAGGACGACAAGACCCCCGAGACCCCAGUGACUGAACCCAUCACAAACGGCAGCAGCACCCCUGAAUCUCCUAAAUUGGAAUCUGUAGCGACGGAAGCCGCGGCGGCCGCGAGCCCCGCCGUGGACCGGCCCGAGGCGACGCCCGUCGCGGAACCAGAGCAGCUGCCCCUCAACGGACUAUCCUUACAAGAACCCAAAAAAGAGGUAGCCGAAGUUCCCGAGACCGUUGAAAGCAAACCCGAGGAACCCGUCGCAGAGCCCGAACCCGUUCCAGCUCCCGAAAUUCCUGUCAAAUCAGAGGUUUGUGUUGAAACAGUGCCUUUGGUAGAAUCCACGCCUCCGCCACUUCCCGCAAACCCCCCUCCCUCAUCCGUAGCGUCGUUCGCCGCGACCACCAUGGCACCAGAACUGACAGACGCCGCACUCGCUAACACUGCCACCGAGGACUCGGCACCCGCAAUCCCCAUCACAGAAACGAGCCCAGUUGUCACGGCUGAGCCUCAAAUAAGCGCACCCAAAGAUACUGUCGAACCCACCCUCCCCCCACCACCACAAACUUGCAAUAUCGACGAUCUGCCUGCCGAAGUAACCACAGACGAACCAAUUAGCAAACCCAAAGAGGAAGUAAUCGAAAGUCCUGUUGUUGUGCCUGAUGUAGAAAUUCCUCAACCUGAAGUGAAAGAACCAGAAGCCAUUGAUGAUGUACCAGCUGCUGAGAUGCCAGCUGUUCCGACUGAGGAAAUCCCAGCUGUUCCAUCAGAUGAAGUUAUAGCUGUUCCGUCAGAGGAAAUCGUAGUCGUCCCUGCAGAGGAAAUCUCAGCUGUACCAUCAGAGGAAAUCUCAACUGUUCCAUCAGUGGACAUCCCAGUUGUCCCUGAAUCUGAUGAAAAAAUCGAUGCGCCCAUUCCCGAACCAAUUAGCGAAGACAAAGUUCCAAUUGAACCCAUCUCCCAGGGACCCAUGGGAGACGUAGCUAUUGAACCUAUCGUAUCAGACGAAAAGACUGAAACCAUUGUCAAUAAUGACGCUGAAAUUAUUAGCUCUACUGUAGUCAAUUCAAAUCACAUAUCGUCCACUAUCGAAGCGAACGGCUUAAACGGAAGUAACGGAACUGAUGAUGAAAAAUUAAAUUACAACGAAACCGAACAGGAGAACCUAAAGAACAAAACCAAAGAUGCCAUCGAGAUCGCGCACGACAUCGAGUGCAACGGAAACAGCGAGGAGCCUUCGCUGAAGCAGAUGACGAAGGAGCUGAAAGUGCCCGUGUCUGAGAUCAUCGAGGAGGCCGUCAAGAUCGCGGAGGAGAAGGCGUCGUUGGACGGGUCGCUGCCCGCGUCGCCGCCGUCCGAGCUAGCGCCGCCGCCCGCCGACGACCUGUCACAGAAUGUAGACUCGGCGCAGGACGACGAGUCCUUCCCGCUGCCGCCCGAGUCGCCCGCCGCCUCGCCGCAGCCCCAGGAUGCUCUUCCCGUGCAUGACAAGAUUGCAGACCUGAUUCCCGAGGUUCCGGACCUUCCCACAGAGACGUUGCAAGAGACAGCGAGCGACGUGGCGGUGGUGAACUAGGCGCCGCCUCCACCAGCCCCCGGGACGUGUCCGAAAUAUGAGCCUUUAAUUUAUUUCCACUCUAGUUCUUGUGGUGUAAUAUCGAACUAAGUUCGACUUUAUUUUUAUGGCAAAGAUUUGAAUUUCAGUUUCAAACGUGACCUUUCAUAUACGACGAUAGUAUAAGUUUAGUGUGCUUCGCUUCUGUAAAGAUAAGAUUUUAUACAAUUUAUUUGCUAGGAAGGAGUUUUUAUAAUUAUAUACAAUAUCAAACGUUACGUAGGCAGUAUACGGUGCGAUAAGUUGGUGCCAUUAUUACAGGGGUAUUAGUUUGAAUAUACGCAGCUCUCUUCGAUGUUAGCUUUAUUUGGUUUGGCAACACACAUUCUGGAAUUUAUUCAUUAUUGUUACAAAAAGUUUCAGUCGAAUUGUUAAUUGUUUCAUAUUUAUUUAGUAUCAUACAAUUUCAACACAAUGAUGUAUAUUCUGUUUUCUUUUCAUUUAUACUUAUGCUAUGUCUUAAGAUCACACCCAUUGGCUAUUAAAUGUUUGUCGGGAAAAUAUAUAAAACAAAAUUAUGAGAUUACGUAUUCUCAAGUGUAGCAAGUAAAAUUUAUUCUACAUUUUUAGUGUAAUUACUGCGAUUCAGGAUAAGCUGCUAGAUAGACAAGAGCGAAUUAUUCAUUAAUUAAUUCGAUGUCUUGUGUAAUUCGACUAUAUUCAAUACGACGAAGUGCGUCGAAACUUGUAAUUUGGUAUUUAUGUAUAUAUGAACCACGCGUUUCCUUAAAAUCUUACUCUGUUAAUUUUGCGUCAAAUUGAAGUUAAAAUUCAUUGUAAAUUUAAAGGUCGGUAAAUGUAAUGAAUUUCUCGAUAUCUUGUUAGUUUAUAAUUUAAGUUUAUAAGCACGAUUAUAUUUUGCCUGUAAUAUCUUAAGUUGUAUAAAUUUAGCAAGCGUCUUUCACAUUUGAAAUUUACAAUAUUGAACAGUUUUUCGAAAUUACAUUGCAUACAGUCUACAAUAAUAAUGGAAUAACAUUCAUGCCAAAAUAUUUGGACACUUUUCAGCGGCCAAGUUUUUGAUAUUAUACAAUUUUUAUGCAUAUAUGUAAUCUUUAGAGUAGUUUUGGUGUAACAAGCUAGUAAAGGUUAGUAUUGUCCUACUACUAUACAUUUAUUGUGUCAUUUUCACCUCAUACAUACCUAUAUACAAUAGAUUUGAUACUAUUUUACAAUAUGUGACUAUGCGUCCACUAUAAUUAUUGAUUUCGUGAUCAUUUUGUAAUUUUAUACAAUUUUUGAGAAAAUUUUAAGUGAACUUCAGCAUGGUUGGGAGACUUACUCCAUGUAUAUUAGACUUAAAUGUGAGUGAGACAUUCCAUAUCCAGUUGUAACUAAUAUAAUAUUAAUGAUUGAUUACCUUCGGGUCAAUAUCUCCUAGCUUGAUACUAAUAUUAAUCUUAAAAAGUUACAAUCCCAGCCCAUGUAGGUAUCUUAUGUUCUAUAGUUUUUAUUAAAAAAAACACUAUAAUUUAGCAAUUAUGAAUAAAAAUAUUUAAAUUUGCAUUACGAUAACAUGGCCAUAAGGAAUUUUGAUAGUUCAAUAUGUAUGUUUCAAUAUACCAAUAUGAAAACAUGUUGAUGUGUGAAUGUCUCUGAUCAAUAAAUAAAUUUAAAAUUUAA